AUGGAGGAGAAACGCGACGCAUACAACAUGGUCAGCGAGAGGACGCCGCUCUUUCAGAGUGUGCCGGUGGAGGAGCAGCGGGAACGGUAUCCCCAUUCGACGGUCCGUCAAUAUUGUACCGUCGCCCUCCUCAUCGUUCCCGCCUUUGUACUCGCCGUAGUCUUUGCUGUAAUUGCAGUUACCGCCGAGAGCGAACCACAUCCCCCAAGCUAUACGCAUGUCCCACACGCAACAUGGCCCGAGUCGGAGGGACUCAGCUACCAGGAGCUGAAGAAGAYACUCUUGGACACACCGGAUGGGAGCAAGGCAAGAGAAUGGAGUCAAYAUUACACGGCAGGUCCGCAUCUCGCAGGGAAGAACUUGUCGCAAGCGGAAUGGACUGCGGAUAAGUGGGUGGAAUUUGGAGUGCACCAUGCCGAAGUGGUCGCUUACGACGUUUACAUCAACUACCCGCUCGAUCACAGACUGGCCAUGUUUAGGGAUGGGCAGGUGGAAUUCGAGGCAUCUCUGGAGGAGGAUGUAUUGGAAGAUGAUCCUACCACCAACUCCACGGACCGCAUCCCAACUUUUCAUGGUUACAGCGCGAGUGGUGAUGUGACGGGCUCGUUUGUCUAUGCCAACUACGGUACAUACCAGGACUAUGAAGACCUCGUCAGUGUUGGAAUCGACCUCACGGGUAAGAUCGUGCUGGUCAAGUAUGGAGGAAUCUUCCGCGGCUUGAAAGUCAAGCGAGCGUCAGAGUUGGGAGCCAUUGGAGUUGUCAUGUACGACGAUCCCGGUGAUGAUGGGGAGAUGACCGAGGAGAAGGGUCUCAAACCCUACCCUGAUGGUCCGGCAAGGAACCCCAGCAGUGUACAGAGAGGAAGCUGCCAAUACCUCUCCAUCGCUCCUGGUGAUCCAACCACUCCUGGAUAUCCAUCCAAGCCUGGCGCACCUCGCGAGCCCGUUGAAGGCAAGAUUCCCGAUAUUCCAUCCCUGCCAAUCUCUUACCAGGAGGCUUUGCCACUUCUCAAGGCAUUGAACGGUCAUGGACCGAAUGCGGCUGCCUUCGGCAAGAACUGGCAAGGAGGUGGUCUGGGAUACAAGGGUGUGGAGUACAACAUCGGACCAACCCCUCCUAGUCUCACUCUCAACUUGAUGAACAAGCAAGAAUAUGUCACGACUCCUCUGUGGAAUGUCAUUGGUGUCAUCAACGGUACGGUCUCUGACGAGGUGGUUGUCAUUGGAAAUCACCGCGACGCGUGGAUUGCUGGAGGUGCUGGAGACCCCAACUCAGGUUCCGCGGCACUGAACGAGGUUAUUCGCUCCUUUGGCAAAGCGCUCGCCGCUGGUUGGAAGCCACACCGUACCAUUGUGUUUGCCAGCUGGGAUGGAGAAGAGUAUGGUCUGAUUGGUAGCACAGAGUGGGUGGAGGAGUACCUCCCCUGGCUCUCGGAUUCCACCAUUGCGUAUAUCAACGUUGAUGUUGGAGCUCGUGGGCCACACUUCCAAACAGCUGCUGCCCCACUGCYCAACAAGGCAAUAUACGAGGCAACAAGCGAGGUGCAAUCCCCAAAUCAGACUGUCAAGGGACAGACUGUGCGUGAUACCUGGAAUGGCCACAUCAGCACCAUGGGCUCUGGAAGUGACUUCACCGCGUUUCAGGAUUUCGCUGGCAUCCCCUCGAUUGAUGUUGGCUUUGGCGCAGGACCCAACGAUCCCGUCUAUCACUAUCACAGCAACUACGACUCCUUCCAUUGGAUGGAUGAGUUUGGUGAUCCUGGCUUUGAAUAUCACAUCACCAUCGCAAAGGUCAUCUCUCUGCUGGUCGCGAAGCUUGUUGAGGAGCCAGUCGUGCAAUUCAACGCGACCGACUACGCUGAUGGAUUGAAGACCUAUCUUGACAAGGUCAUGCUUCUUGCCGAGGAGUCCAGCCUCUCCGUGGACGCCACCGCGAAACACAUGAAGAAGCUCAGCAAAGCCAUUGCAUCUUUCCAAUAUGCCUCUGUCAAGUUUGACGCCAAAGCACAGAGUCUGGGAGAUCUCAUUUACUCCUCGCCUGAUUUGUCUGCUGAGACUCUUGCAAAGGCAUACAAGGAGAUUCGCUCGUUGAACACAAAAUACAAGCUUCUUGAAAGGCAGUUCUUGUAUGCGCCUGGUUUGGAUAGUAGAAGCUGGUUCAAGCAUGUCGUCUUCGCACCUGGGUUGUGGACGGGUUAUGCUGGUGCUACAUACCCUGGUCUGGUGGAGGCAUUUGAUGGUAAAGACGAGAGUCUUGUGAAGAAGUGGACGGGUAUUAUUGAGGAUAAUAUCAAGGCCGCUACAAAGUUGCUAGCGGGGCGUGAGGUGUACAGAGGCAUGUAA